AAUUCUACAGUUUAGGAAAUAAUUUUAACGUCGGUUGGUACAUGUAAGAACUGUCAUUGCAUUUUACUGCACGUUGUACUAUUUACUUCGAUGAUCAAGCAACGUUUCGAGCAAUUUAUCAAUAAUGAGAGUAUUGGAGUUAUACAGUGGUAUCGGAGGAAUGCAUUUCGCGCUCUGCGAAAGUGGUAUUGCGGCAAAAGUCGUUGCUGCGAUUGACAUAAAUCCUGUUGCAAAUGAUGUUUAUCGUCACAAUUUUCCAGAAACUAUUCUUAUGAACAGGAAUAUUCAAUCUAUCAGUGCGCAAGAACUGAACAAAUUGAAUGUGGAAACUAUACUUAUGAGUCCUCCGUGUCAACCUUUCACAAGACUAGGAUUGAAAAAGGAUGCUCUUGAUAAUAGAGCUUGUUCUCUGUUACAUGUUUUGAGCUUGAUAUCUGAAUUAAAAAGUUUGAGAUAUAUUUUGCUGGAGAAUGUUAAAGGUUUCGAAGUGUCUCAGAUGAGAGACAAAUUGGUAGAUUGUUUAGAAAGAUGUGGAUAUGCUUAUAGAGAAUUAAUAUUGAGUCCAUGCCAAUUUGGUAUACCAAACAGUAGACACAGAUAUUAUUUGUUAGCAAAGAGGAAAGAUCUGAAGUUCUGUUUCAAACAAACUGUAUUGGAAAAUGAUUUAUCGUCUGAAUUAUCAGGAUUAUUGCCAAAAAGUCAGCACUCCCUACUGGCAGAGAAAAGUGGUAAAAUUAAUUGUAAAUCUGGCAGAAUAUGCUAUACACUUAAUAAUAUCUUAGAAAAUGUAGAGCAAUCUAAGUAUUCGGUACCCUCAGAAUUAUUAAGGAAAAGAGCAUGGGUGUUAGAUAUAAGGACACGUGAAAGCAAUGGUUCUUGUUGCUUCACCAAAGGAUAUGGUCAUUAUGCUGAAGGCACGGGUUCCGUGUAUUGUCCAUUUCCGGAUGAGACUAUCAGAUUGAAGUAUGAUGAAGCUACCAAUCAUGAGGAUGAUUCAGACAAGAAAACGCAGAUUUUGUCAGAAUUAAAGCUUAGAUUCUUCUCGCCUCGAGAGGUGUGCAGAUUAAUGUGUUUCCCGGAAAAUUUCGACUUUCCAGAGCAUACCACUGAUAAACAAAAAUACAGAUUGCUUGGUAAUUCAAUAAAUGUUCACGUGGUUAGCAGAUUAAUAUUUUUAUUAUGUACUGAAGGUGAAAAUAAAUGAGAAUUAAUGGAGUCA